AAAACAUAACACGGCAACACACUAUAGCAGAUUUGUGGCAUUUGAACGUUUUAGUAGCAGAAUAACGGUUGGCAACCCGUACCAAUGUGACUUUAGUAAUAGAAUAUAAGUAGGCAACCUGUACCAGGUGUGAUUUUAGGAGUAGAAUUUUCAAGGCAACCCGUACCAAGUGGGACAUAUGUGUGUGUGGAUUAGUGAAUAUCUUAGGAUUGGUUACUUGUCGUUUUAUACAAUGGCGUUGUGUAAGUAUAAGUAUUGUAGAUUUAUACAAUGAAGAUGUGUUAUUAAACGAAAAUAUUUGAAAUGAUAUUAUAAAGGUACUUAAACUUAAAUAUGUUUCUUCUUUGGAGAACCUAUCCGAGGUGUUAUAUAAAAACUUUGAAAGUCACUAGGUAUUUCCCUAUUUGUCAUAUAUCGAAUCGUAUUAAUGCUGAGAGAAAAUGUCUAAACGUGGUAGAGGCACCUGUUACAACAGUAUCAUCCCUUGACCAAAAAUGUAAGGAUGUCACUAAAGAUUUGACACAAAAUGUGAUUGGAAAUGAUACUAAAGGUAAUUUAUGGCACCCCAGUCCAAAUACAGAGUUAAAACACAUGGCGAGCUAUUUAAAAAAAUUGUCGAAAUUUCGUUUGACGUCUCUUGUGGUAAUAACUGCGAUGAGCGGAUAUGCAAUGGCCCCGGCUCCUUUUGAGUUCUGCACUUUUCUAUCAUGCACUGUGGGUACGUGUUUAGUUUCUGCUGCCGCUAAUGCAAUAAACCAAUAUCACGAAGUACCAUUUGAUUCACAAAUGAAUAGAACUAAAAAUCGCGUUUUGGUCACUGGACAGUUAACACCUCUGCAUUCAGUUAAAUUUGCGAUUAUAUCAGCAACGGCGGGGUUGAGUUUGCUUUAUUUUGGAGUGAAUGGGUUAACGGCUGCUUUAGGGGCUUCGAACUUGUUUUUAUAUACAUCUGUCUACACGCCUUUAAAAAGAAUAAGUAUUUUAAAUACAUGGAUCGGAUCGAUUGUGGGUGCUAUUCCUCCGCUGAUGGGAUGGUCUGGUUGUACUGGAAACCUUGAUGUAUCAGCAUUUGUACUAGCAGGAGUACUCUUUGCUUGGCAAUUUCCUCACUUCAAUGCAUUGUCAUGGAAUCUCCGACCUGAUUAUUCGCGUGCUGGGUAUCGAAUGAUGUCCGUGACUAAUCCCGCGUUAUGUCGAAAAACAGCUUUGAGGUAUACUGCAUUAAUUGCAUUGUUAUCUGCAUAUGCGCCCGUUUUAAAUUUGACAUCAUAUUGGUUUGCUUUGGAAUCAUUUCCUUUAAACGCUUACUUUUGCUAUUUGGCAUACAAAUUUUAUAAAAAAUCGGAUAGUAAUACUUCGAGAAUGUUAUUUCGUUUUUCUCUUAUCCAUCUACCAUUAUUGAUGUUGCUAUUCUUAUUGAAUAAAAAACGGUGGUUUAUAACAGAAAACAAAAGCUGUGUUCCUGAGAUGCAUAUGGGUGAGCUUGGCUGUGUAAAUUCUUUGAGUGGACAAUCGGCUAAAUCAAAACUGAUUAUGUAAAACGAAAAGUAAAAAUAAUGUAAAUAUAGUAAUAAAGAUUAUGUAUGUUAUAUAAAUAAA